CAAACACAGAAAUGUAAAAACAGUUUAAAUAAAACUUCUCGUAAUUGCAUCAUAACAUCAGUCCAGCUUCUUUAAGAGAAACACAACUCAAUGACGAUGGUCGUUAAUUAUGGAGAUUUCCACCCAUUACAUUACCCUACACAGACCCCCCCCCAUCCUCUCACUGUUCCCCCUCUUUGAUCUUAGCAGCUUAUUUCUCUUCAAUGUCACUUGCAGGAUGAUAUGUACAGACACAGCAGGUCCCUCAGUGUAUCAGCGCUUCUAAGGGUGUUGCCAUUUACUAUGGAGUUUCCUCCAACACUUGAGUUGUAAAACGCCUCACACGUCCAGAUUAAACUCUGUCCCCUAUUUCUCCGGCCCUGUUUCCAACUGGUCUGCAUCCAGUUCUGUCCACUUGACAACCUUCCUCACCACCCACAAAUGCACCAACAUUCAUGUCAUCAGUGAUCUGAUCAGCACGUGUGUAUUUUAAUCUGAUCAGACAAAGGUCCCAUCGCUGAUCACUGUAGACACACUGGUUACAUAUCUACAGUCAAAAUUAUUCUCAAAUCCAUCAGCCCGAAUGUUGCUACACAAUACACACCAUUCAAACCCUCCCACAGAGACUACAGGGAAGUUACAUAUUUAUCACAAGCCCAGAGUUGGAUUUAAUGGUCUGGUCUUGUUGCGCUGGAUGCUCUGCUGCAAAGUCCAUUCAGAGUAAUUCAAUGUAACCAGAUACAUCAUCCCUGAGAUACCAAUAUACAACAUUGAUUCACAAACAAGAGAAACUCUGUAGAUGCUGGAAAUCCGAGCAACACACACAGAAUGUUGAAGGAACGCAUCAGGCCGGGCAGCAUUUAUAGGGAAAAAAGUAGUCAAUGAUUCAGGCCAAAAUCCUUUAGCAGAGUGGAGAAGAAAAUCUGAAAAGUAGGUUUAAAAGUUGGGGAUAGGGGAGAGAGAAAACGAGGUGCAAGGUGAAUCCUGAAAGGGGACGGGUGAAGUAAAGAGACUGAGAGGAACAGAAUGAACCCCACACUCUGACACUGUACCAGAGACUGACAGGGACAGAAUGGACCCCACAUGAUCACACUGUACCUGAGACUGACAGGUACAGAAUGAACCCCACACUCUCACACUGUACCAGAGACUGACAGGUACAGAAUAAAACCCACACUCUCACACUACCAGAGACUGGGUACAGAAUGAACCCCACACUCUCACACUGUACCAGAGACUGACAGGGACAGAAUGAACCCCACACUCUCACACUGUACCAGAAACUGACAGGUACAGAAUGAACCCCACACUCUCACAUUGUACCACCGAGUGACAGGGAUAGAAUCAAACCCACACUCUCACACUGUACCAGAGACUGAUAUUGGAGGAUAAAAAUAUUAUGGAGUAUAAAAGUUGUAUUAUUUGUUGUGUAACCAAUACUAUGCAGUCAGCUUGCUAUGCAUGUAACCAAAAUGAAAUCCUAGGUAUGUAAAAGACAAUGGUGUGUUAAUGAGAGGCAACUAAAGAGAUGUAGAUUAGUACAUUGGUCAGUUCUGAGUUUGCUAUUAUUUUGCUCCGUUCUGAGUUUGCUAUUUGCUAUGCAUGUUCCCAAUUUAGUAGGAGAAUGAAAUCUUAAGAAUGUUGAAGACAAUGGUGUGUUAAUGAGAGGAGGCUAAGAGAUGUAGAUUAGAGCAUGAUUAAGUCAAUUGGACUUACUUGUGGUACCUGUGAAACUGGAGGAGGAGAUAGAUAUAAAAACUGUUGUGUCUGGGGAUCAGUGGGUAAUCAGUGACUAGCUCAAUGACUGUUUCAGCUUUGAUUUGCAAUUUAAAGUUUAACCCUUCUUGAAGAAUCUUCUGUGUCUCUUGUCAUUUCUGCGGCACGAGAAACCACGACAAAGUUGGCGACCAUGGCAGGACCGGAAUGAGACUCGCUGAAAGGAAACGACAGAUUGGGGACACUUCCCAGUCCUCCAGGGACUCCCACAAGGCUAACAGAAUUAAGGGUGCACCCAAACAAAAGAUUUCCUUCCUGCCGAAUGAACCGGCAGCGGCAACUCACCAGAUCAGCGCCAUUCCCAGUCCACGGUGUUAGCCGAAACGACAAUGGGUCGCGGAGAGAGUUCUGAUUGGUUGAACGUGUUCUACAGCUAUCCAAUGAAAUGAAUAGACUGAAGAAUCUUCUCUUCCAAUAGCCAUUGGGAAUCCAAAGCAUUCCCAUCCUUCAUUAACAUACUGAUCUGGGUGCUGCCUAUUUAACUCGUGCUCACGGCUGAUUCCGCUUAUUUCUGGGUCUGAAACGGUCAGAGGAGAUGCUUGAGCCAGGGAAAUCCGCUCCGAAGAAGGGCGGCAGGAAAGCUUUGCCCAAAACAGCGAGCAAGGCAGGGAAGAAACGUAAGAGGCUGAGGAAGGAGAGUUACUCCAUCUACAUCUACAAAGUGAUGAAGCAGGUUCACCCCGACACCGGCAUCUCCUCCAAGGCCAUGAGCAUCAUGAACUCGUUCGUCAGCGAUAUCUUCGAGCGCAUCGGGGGCGAGGCUUCCCGCCUGGCCCACUACAACAAGCGGUCUACCAUCAGCUCCCGGGAGAUCCAGACCGCCGUGCGCCUGCUGCUGCCCGGGGAGCUGGCCAAGCACGCCGUGUCCGAAGGGACAAAGGCGGUGACCAAGUACACCAGCUCCAAGUAAAGCUCCCCAGUGAGGUGAU